AUGGCCGAACCCUACGAUGAAGCGGCUGCAACAGAAAUGGUUGAAGCGUAUGAUUUCUUGCUAAAGUUUAUUGUCAUUGGGGAGGCUGGAAGUGGGAAGUCUUGCCUUUUGCACCAAUUUACGCAAAAUUCGUUUAAAGAACAUUCACAGCAUACCAUCGGAGUUGAAUUCUCUAGCAGAACAAUAAAUAUCGGCGAGAAACGAGUUAAACUCCAAUUAUGGGACACGGCUGGUCAGGAGCGGUUUCGUUCAGUAACGAGGAGCUAUUAUAGGGGUGCCGCAGCCUGCCUUCUCGUAUACGAUAUAACCAGUCGGUCAUCGUUCUUGAAUUUAUCGCGCUGGUUAGCAGAUGCACGAGCGCUUGGGAGUUCUCAGCUCGUCACAGUACUGGUGGGAAAUAAGACAGACCGAGAAGAGGAGAGGGAAGUCGAGUGGAGUGAGGCGAGCAAAUGGGCAUCGGAGAACGACGUACAUUUUAUCGAAACGUCCAGCCUAACAGGUGAUAAUAUCGAGAAGCCGUUUGCCCUCGCCGCGAGGGCAAUACUAUUGAGCAUCGAGGGUGGCCAGUUGGAUCCUGAAAAGUGCUCAUUUAUUGUCGCGCGGCCAUUUACCAUAAACCAAUUAUAUCCCUGCAAUCAACUCGACAAAUCCAUUAUCAUUAUUCGACUAAUUGUUUUUAUCUCGCAUCAAACGAUUAUCACUUUCACCCCCAAUCAUACCUCCAUUAUCCUCCCUGCAUCAUUACCCCACGAAUUUACCGUCUAG